AUGUCUAUUAGAAAACAAUCGAAAGUUAAUUACUUUCGUUUAAAUUGGUCAGAGAGACCUGAAGAUUUCAAAUUAAAAGAUGACAGUGGUGAAAGUUCAAAGACACAAUCUUUUAAGAAGCAGAGGAAUCAAUAUUACGGAGAGGAAGAUCAGUAUAAGAAGAGACAACAAGAGCUAUUAGAGGAUGAGUUGAGUGAAGGAUUGACUCUUGACUUGUUUGUUAAAUUGUUGACUUCAAAGAGACCGACCGACAAUGAAAUCGCUUUGAAGCGAAUGAUCUCAUUGAUUAAAGAGGAGAAAGAAAAGGACGGUGGUAGUAGUAGCGCUUCGUUGAACUACAACAACCAGGUACUGUCACCGCUCUUCAAAUACCUCAGACAAUCUCAGUUGACAGUGGAGCUAUUCCAUCUCUGGGAUCAAUAUACAGAUAAGCCCGAUAUGUAUCGUGAUGUCUUUGUUGUGCUGCUAGAGUUGUUCUCUAUGAUCUUGGUGGUGAACGACGAUCCAUCGCUGACAAAGGUCAACAAGCACAUCAGUGAAACAAUAACAGAGAAGAAACUGGCUACUCUCAUAGAGAACGUCAACAACUACACUACCAACCAACAAGAUACACUUCAACUAUCUAUCAACACCUAUCGUAUCUUUACAGCAUUGACACAAUCCUCAUUGAAACUAGCGAAAUACAUUCAAUCUAAAUUCCCAUUUUCAUCACCUGCAUUUGAAAAAGCAAUGACAGAUAUAUCAUCGUUGGGUGCCUAUCAUGGUACACGUCCAUUUACUUUGAGAUUUAUCUUGGCGUUUUUGAAACACCGUAGUUUUAAGCUGACAAAGUUUGUUGUCGAUACGAUUCUCUAUCAGUUGUGUUUGCGUCGUGUCAAUACCGUAUUGAUGGAAUUGUCACAUUGGGCAUCGACACAACAACAACAACAGGUUGGAUCAAUCGAUCGAUUCAUACAAGAUCUCAAACAAGGUUUGAAAGAGAGAAUGUUAUCGAUCAACUACUUCAAAGAGAAAAACAAAGAAUUCAAAUCCAAUGUAUUACUCUACGGUCAAUACAUUGGUAUCCUCUCUGAAUAUACAAAGUUAAUUGGAAGUCAAGAGUAUCUACCGAUCAGAAUAUUCGAUCUUCCACUCCUUAUGAAAUCGGAUGCAAUGAUUCAAAAACAAUUCAUUCAAAUCAUCUCAAAUUCCAAGACAUUCCAAAUACCAUCUCAAUUAUUUUCCAAUUUAAAUGAAUCAAAUGAAUCAAUAUUGGUAAUGAUUUUGAAUUUAUAUUUAAAUAAUGAUAAUUGUAAUGAAUUGAAAUCACUCUAUCAAAAUCUAUUGUUCAAGUUAUUAUCGAUUAACAAUUUCUUUGCUGGUCUGGAGCAGGAGAUCGAUAUCUGGAUUGAAAAUGUAGAUAUCAACUCAAUGAAAUUCCUCGUAAAGAUUUUGAUUGAUACCAAUGCAUUGAAGUUCCAAUUCAUUGAUGUUUGUCAGCGUGUCUCAACCAGUCUUUUCGGUAGUAAUAAGAACUUGGUUAGUCCAGUGAUGGUAGCAGCCAUUUCCAACUGGUUGUCAGACAGCGCCACUCAAUCAAAUCAAGACAUCUCCAGUUACCUAUCAAAGGUUAUUCUCUCGGUUGGCUCAAACCAAAACUCUGCCAAAGUAGUCCUCUCUUUCUUCCAUCUUGCACACCUCAAGAAAGAACAACCGCAAUCCAACAUUCAAGAGCUGGUCAAUGCCAAUCUCUAUCAAACACUUCCGGCAAUUCUCUCAGCGCAAAUGUCAAAACAAUUGGCAUCUCACCAUCAACUUGUUGCGCACUCGUCGCUCUCCUCUGAUAAAACUAUCAAGCAAAUCGAUCUGCAACAACACGGUAUAUUGGAAUCAUUGUCACUCCUCUCCAUUGCCAGUCCAACACUACAGAUUGAACUACUUAAUAGUUUCGAAUGGCAAAUGACAUUGACCAAUCAAAUUAAACAACUUCCACCAAGACGUAUUGCCUCGAUCAUUCCAAUAGUUCUACAUCUCAUCGAGUCGAUUAAAGAUGAACAGGCGCAGCAGUAUCUCUUUGAUAUAGUAUCAUUGAUUUUCGACCAACUACUCUCAACGAAAUCACCUAAAGCCAUCCAAUUGGCAGGUGAAUUCCUUCAGUCACAGUAUAUCCUCAAGAACUGGUUAGCUAGUCACCAAGUUUCUCAACUGCUUUUGCAACUCUUCCAAUGUCAGGAUGCAGCUGCUCUAGAGUUGUGUAGGCAACCAGUGAUCCUUCUCAUUGAAAAAUUCACCAACGAUGUAAAAUCCAAUCAAUUGGAAACCAACUCUUACAAAUCGAUAGAAUUGCUAAUUCCAUUCUUUGACUUGACCGUUUGUCUUGAUAUCGCCACCCUUUUGCAACCGCAUCCAACAUCCGCAUUGUUUAUCAAUACCAUUCACAUGAUUGCACAGAGUAAACCAUAUGACACCAACCAACAACUAGUCAAACUAUUGAAAGAGGAUCUCCAAGUUGAUUUACAAACAAUAGAUUCACUAGUGAUAAAGUCACCACCUUUAAUGAAGUUGAAGUUAUCCGAUAACAGUCAACAACAACAAUCUAUUAGAAAUCAAUUAUUUAAACUCUAUCAAUUUUUAUUGGAGUAUUCAAAGCAGUCGGAUCAUUCUGGUUUAGAGAUUGCAAUCUAUCAUCUAUUGCUAUCAACUUUGUCCAACCCAUCAGUAUUCCAUAAUGCAAGUUUCUACAGUUGUUUCAAUGAAGAUGUUUUAGUAUCCUUUGUCCAAAAUCCAAACAAGAUCCGCUUGUCCAUUGUCAGUAUAUUGGGAAUGACCAGUAUUAUCAGUGAAAAGACAAUCCAAAAGAUAAUCUCAAUGGCCAACAUUGAGAAGAUUUCAAAUGUCAAAGGAAUCAAUUGGAUUCAAGUUCUUUACUCUCUCUAUUGCCAAAGCAGAUCGGAUCAAGAAACAACCAAGAUGAUUAGAGACAGUCUGUAUCAUACCAUUGACAAUCAAUCUAUCUUUAAGAAUAAUUCCGACUCGAGUCUACGUGUUUUGAAGAUGGCAUUUGAAAUGGUUCUAUUCAUCGCCAGAAUCAAGGAAUUAAAUAGCGAGGAUUUCAUUAAGCAGCAAUCAGAGCAUUUGCAAAUGAUAUUGUUAACAACUGUCAAGAUGGAACAACAGACCACCAAAGUAAAGAGUGUUUUUGCAUCUUCACUCGUCCGAGCAUUGAAGCAAUCGGAGCACUCACUUUUAGAGUCGUUCCACUUGGAGCUACUUCCAUUCUAUGCUCACAUGUUGAAAUCCGAUGAGAAAGAGAACAUCAUCAACUUGACAGUGGGAGGUGAAUCGUCGUUGACAAAGAAUUCACUAUCGUUGGCACUUGCAAUUGCAGAGACAUCUAGAGACACUGCCAAGUUGAUCCAUUCAACACUGCUCUCAGCGGCAAAUCAACGAUUUGUUUGGUCACAUCUGAAACUCUUGAAUGACAAUGAUAUCGCAAUGCGAAACAAUCCAAUUAGAUAUAUUCUGGCACGUAUUAUCUAUUUGGUAUUCCUCAAGGACAAGAAACUUUGCAACAAUGCAGUGUUCUUGGAUCACAUUUUUGAAUCGUAUCAAGCAACCACUCAUCCAGUCGAUCAACUUCUCUAUCGUGUCAUCUACCUUCACCAGAUCAACAAUCCAUCGUUGACCGAAGAGCGUAUUGGAAGAUGGGGAUACAACUAUAAGGAGAGUAUGAGUUUCAAUGGUUUGCUCAUUGCCAACACACUCUUUAGCGAGAAGCUACUGGAGCAUUCCAUUCAAAACUACCCAGUCAAUGCUAAAUCAGAGAUGAACACCGAGUUGCGACCAAUCAACGCGAAUGAAUAUGACCAGGUUGUCUCUGCGAAUGCUACCUAUGCCUAUGACCCUGCUUUCUUCCUUCGUUUGUUCAAACAACUCUUGUCGACAGCAACACAAGACUCUCUCAACAGAAGUGCAUUCUACACUAAUGGUCCGUUGUCCUUUACUCUUUGUUCUCUCUCGUCCAAUGAGAAAUCGAUUCGAAAGUUGGCCUACAAUGUUUUGUUCAAGUUUAUCGAGUUGAUCGAGCCAUGGAAGACAACCAGCAGAACCGCCAAAGAUCAAUUGCGUGUCCUCAAGCUACUCAAGAGUAGUGUCAAAGGCAAUGAGCAACACAUUCCAGCAGUCUAUGUAAACUUUUUGAACAAUGCCAUCAAGAUAUUCACCAGAGAUACAACAAUCCAUCCGACUCUACGUCACGAAAUACUCAACUAUUUCCACAAUACUCAAAAGAUUGAUUUCCACACCAUUCCAUUUAUGGGUAAUCUAUCAAUUGAGUUGGCUACCAAGUAUAAAUCAAUUCUAUGGAUAUUUGAUAUUGUUAAUCAGUCUUUACCAAAUCAAAAUACAACUGAUAUAAUUAAAAAGACUGUAAAAUUCCCAGAGUUAUUAUCUAUUUUUGAUAAUCAAUCUGUUAAACUUAAACUAAAGUUGAGAAUAAUAGAGCUUUUGAAAGGAUUCUCAAAGUCUGGUGGUGUUUUGGUUCUCUCACAAUAUGGUAUCAUUCCUUGGAUAUCAAAUGUUCUCUCCAACGGUAGUUUACCAAAGAAACUAUUUGAUACCGUUUUGGAGUUGCUAAAUACAAUCCUUUCUUCACUUCCAAGCAAUAUCAAGGAUUUCCAAGAAUCUACUUUCAUUUCAAACUAUCUUUUAAAUUAUAUUUCACUAUACUCGAUGAUUAAUCCUUUUUACAUUUCAUAUUUAUUAUUAGUAUCAAUCGAGUGGACAAACGAAAUUAUUACUAUCGUUGUCAAUAGUUUACAUUGUAUAGGAUAUACUUUAUCAAGCUUACAAUCUAACCUUUCGAUUUCCAUUGAUAAGAUUCAAAGUCUUUACGCAAAGAUUAAAACGAUUCGUGAUCACGAGCAAUCGAAUACAGUGAAAGAGUUGGUCGUCAAAUUGAUCUCAUCUAACCAUGUCAAUUCACUCAAUAUUAAUUCCAAACUCAACAGUAUUGAAACCUUAAAGUCAGUUACAAACGUAGUUGCACAGUCAAUUGACUAUGCUUCCGGUUACCUGUCAGCUCCAAAGCUCCAAGUUGGAAAGAAGCUGUCUUUGAUUAACAAUCUUUUAGAAUGGAUUCAACAAUUGUUGUUAUCCAACUUUGGAUUGGUUAAACAUACUAGUGAUAUCACAUACCAAGCAAAAUCAUUGGUCCCUUUUAUUCGUAUGAAUGAUCGAAAACAAGAUUCGACAAUCAUAAUUAGGUUAGCAAAUGUAUUGUUAAUGUCAACUUACUUCUCAAUGUCAAACAAUAAGCAAUUUAUGGAGAUAAUUAAUCGACUGCCUCAUCCAACAACAGACGUCAAUAUUUCCAACACCAACAUCAAUGAAUAUUGUUUAGCAAUAGAAACAAUUUUAAAACAUUAA